UCCUUUGUAACAGUAAGGUUGAGGAUCUUGAUUUUUAACUCCUCCUGUCAGACACACAGGUCAACGGCAACAUGACAGCAGUUUGUGACGUCAAGGAAACUGUGGCUGGUUAGGUCUAAUUUUAAACCUCAUCACUAGUUAAAUGUUUGCCACUCCGCAACAAUUGCUGUUCUUGUGUGAACAGUUUUUUGACAAAGCGUAUGAGCAUGGAGGUCAUCUUCAAAGAGGGGAUGCUGUAUCUUCAAGGGGUGAAGUUUGGAAAAAGAACAUGGCGGAAAAUCUGGAUGGUGCUUUUCAAACCCAGCUCCACAGGUGUGGGUCGGCUGGAAUUCUCUAAUAUAUCUGACAGCAGCUCUAUGAGCGAGCAGUUAAAGGCCGGUCGGCAGAAAACACCAGACAGAAAGGUGGUGCGUUUUUAUGACUGUCUCAGUGUGACUCCUGCUACCAAGGAGUCAUGCCCUGCACACUGCACAGCCUUCUACCUUAACACCACACAGUACACCUACACCUUUGCCUCCAUGGAGAGCCAGGGCUGGAUCAGGGCCCUCUGCGCACUUGCCUUCCAGAGGGAUCCUGUAGACUCAGAGAAAGGGGAUUUUGAGGGAGGGAAUGGCCUUACCAUGGAGGACAAUGACCUUUACUCGUCUUGGAAAAGCGAGCCGGCCUUUCCUCCUAACCAGUACAAAGUGAAGGUUCUGACCACAGAAGCGGCUAAGAGGUGCAAGCUGGCUGGGGAGUACGUGGUGUUCACAGACAGUGAGGCUUUGGAGCUCCUUGCUGUCAACACAGGUGGCGUCAUCUACAGCUGGCCAUACAAGCUCCUGCGGAAAUUCGGACAGGUGGAGGGGGGAUUCUGCAUUGAAGCUGGCCGUCGCUGUGAUUCAGGAGAAGGGGUGUUCACCUUCCUGACCUCUGCGGGUCCCCAGAUCUUCCAGGCCAUAGCAAGGCAGUGUUCGCUGCAGAACAAAAGUAGUGUCCAGGCCUCCAGUUUCAACAAAAGGUCAUCAAUUGACACGUUCUGUUCUGCCCCUCCAGCCACAGCCUCCCAGAUCUCAGAUCCUCCAAUCUACAGUCUUGUGCAGGUCCGUGGUAACACAGAGGACAGUUCUGUCAGCCAAUCCUCCACGAUUAAUGUCCGCCCUGAGGAGAGUAUGAAGCAUCUGUGCCUUAUCCAGCCUUAUCUCUCCAAUAACAAGGAGGAGGUGGGAGAGGAAGGUGAGGAGGAGGAAGAAGAGGAGGAUGAGGAUGAUAGGUGUCAUUCUCUGGAGGCUGUAAAUCAGGAUAACAACACAGAGGAUAGCAUUUAUUACAACUUGAGGAGGACCACUCCUUCUUUGAUGAGAAAAACUGAGAUCGAUGAUUUAAAUUGCAUCUACAGUGAGACCAAAACCCGCUCUUCCUCAGACCCCCAGUAUUUGAACCCUCCUUUACCCCCGGAACCCUCUUCUUUUACCCUCGCAAAUGAAGAUCACGUUGUCUCAGCAUUGCCACGAGGCCUGCAUCUCCCCCCAGCAGAUACCAACAACUGUGAAGCGUACAACGCACAGGCAGAGAAUGACAUGAACGACCUGGAGGAGGCCAUCAGCUCCACUGCCUCCACAGCCCCCUUGGAGACCCCUGGCAGUUUCAAACACAGGCUGGCAGAAAUCAUUUCUAAGGACCUGGCAAAGUUCCAGGCUCCUCUUCCCUACGGAGCAAGCAGCUCCACGUUUUUUCAGUAGGCUGUUAGUUCACAGACUGAUUAGAGAGAGCAGUUUCAAACAUGAUAAACUGUCAUGUGGCAUAAUUAGUUUCUUUACAGCUGUAAAAUCCCUUCCACUGGGAGCUUGCUGUCAGGCGUCUUGUGCUCGCAGAUGUUUGUAUGUUUUUUGGGUAUGAAAAACGGAUCUGGAAGGCACAUUUUUGGGGAAUUGUUGCAGCAGCAAAAUGUGAGAUAAUUUGUUUUGUUCUUUGUAGGUACAGUGCCUAGCUCUUUCACAUUUUGUCACAUUGCAACCACAAACUUUAAUAUAUUUUAUUGGGACUUUAUGUGACAGGCCAUCACAAAAUAGUACAAAAUUAUGAAAUGGAAGGAAACGGAUUCACGAUUUGCUAAUUUUUUUCAUAAAUGAAAAUUUAAAAAAAGCAUGACAUUUACAUUAAGCUCUCUUUACACUGAUGCCUUUUUUCAGUUAGCAUCAGAUUUAUUCACCACAUUUGUGAACACAAACAAGGAAUUUGACUUUAAGAAAUUUAAAACAUAAAUAAAUAAAAAUAAAGCAUUUUAAUAUGAUAGAAUGGCUCAGUCAAAGUACAUACUGAAUGAUGUUCACAAACGCUCUCCAAUCAAUCUGACUGAGCUUGAGCCAUUUUGCAAAGAAAAAUGGGCAUAAACACUGGUCUCUAGAUGUGCAAAACUGGUGGAGAGAUUACCAAAAACAUUUUCUGGCUGCAGCUAUAGGGUUCUACAAAGUCAGAUUUUCAUUUGUAAAAACAAUUAUUCAAUUAAAAACAAUGUGUGUUUUCAUUCCACUUCAGAAUUAUGUGCUUCUUUGUGUUGAUCCAUCACAAAAAAAUCCCCAUAAAGUACAUUUAAGUUUGUGGUUAUAGUAUAAUAAUAUGUAAAAGAAUAAUGGGAAUGAAUACCUUUGCAAUGAACUGUAUCUCCUUAUAUUCAAAGACUUUUACAGCAGAAAUAAUUAUUGUCUUCUUUUCUUAUGCGGCACGGUAUGUUGACUUAUAAAUCAAGUAUUUUGCAGCAUAAUUAAUUAUUGUGCUUUGUUGAGAUUUGUGCAUAAAUUGCUGGCAGUGAUUUUUACAAAAUAAAUUCAAAUGCACACCCAUUA